AUGGCGGAGUCCGUCCGGUCGAAGAACCUCUACGAGCUUCUGGGUAACGACCCAGAGCUCGACCCCAGCAGACCCGCUCCUCCCCCACGAAGGCCGUCGACCGCCCUGCCGACCGCCACGGAAAGCGUGAUGCUCCCAAGGAGCAGCCUGCUCGUCACACCGAGGCCAACGCUCGCCGCAGCGGCGGCCGUGUCACCGCUGGCAACGAGGCCGCUUUCCGCGACCGCAACGCUGGCCGUAACCACAACCUCCCGCACUGGUCAGACCGACACCCGCAAGCAGGUCCAGCAGGGCUGGGGUGCCGACAGUGGCGAGAAGACCCUAGACGACGAGCGCCAGGGCGAGAAGAUCGCUAAGAAGGAGGAGAACGAGCCCCAGACCCCCGUCGAGGCCGAGGAGCAGGAGGAGCCCGAUAACUCCAAGUCUUUCGCCGACUACCUUGCCGAGAAGGCCCAGCGCGAGACUUUCGCCGCCAAGCCCGAGCGUACCGCCAACGAGGGCACCAAGCUCGACAAGAAGUGGGCUGCCGCCAAGGAGCUCUCCAAGCAGGAGGAAGACGCCUACAUCCAGCCUUCCCACGAGAAGUCCAAGCGCGAGAAGCAGCGCAAGGAGAAGAACUUCCUUGAUGUCGACCUCCGCUACGUCGAGCCUCCCCGCAGCGGCCCCGCUCCCCGCGGCCGUGGCGACCGCGCCCCCCGUGGUGACCGUCCUGCCCGUGGUGGCCCCCGUGGUGGUGACCGUGCCCCCCGCGGUGACCGCGCUCCCCGUGGUGGUGCCGCCCGUGGCGGUGCUGCCCCCCCGUGGCAACGCCCGUGGCCCUGCCGGCCCUACCGUCGACGAGAAGAACUUCCCCAGCCUCGGCGGCAACUAAAUUGCCUGACCUUGUCGGGAACUCGUGCUCCCAGACAUGGAAAUCUUUUAUAUUCCCGACUCUUCCAUCCCUUUUCUUCAUCUGCUAGGUGUGCAAGUUCACCCGGAGGUGGUAUUUAUUGUGUCGCUUGA